CGCAUCCCAACCAAUUCAUAUCGUAUUAUCCAUCCACGGAAAUUGCAAGCUCGAACAUUCUCACCUAAAGAUCCCCUUCAGACCUCUCAUUUUCUACGCAUCUCCAGGAUCCCGGGCUUUUAUCGGCUCACCCACCGUUCAAGUCUUCCUCAAUUAAGGCUACGAUUUUUCCUCGGGUUGAUCCUAUUCUCAAUCGCGACUCAAUCCCAUCGUUAACCUUUAGUCUCAGCACUCGCGGCUGAACGAAUUCGGAUUUCUCGCUCUUCAACAAAGCCAUAAUGGUUCCACCUCUUUCUUACCAGCCUAAGAUGGUGAGAAGCGCUACUCAACUCACGCCUGUUCGGUUUACCGAGCAGCAGUGGGCCGAUCUGAACGGUUUGGUCCUUUCUCGGGGUCAGAUGAUAGAGAAUGGGUUGCGCGUAGAAAACUACAACACACAUGAGCUAGCUCAACUGCGACGCUGCCUUUUAUGUCGUCAAAGAAUUUUCCAAAAGCGGAAGAAGAUCCUUUUUGAUGACAAUGGAAAUGAGAUUGAACAUGAAAAGUCUGGCGACGUGCAGUCUGCUCGUAAUGGCAAAGUAAUCACCGCACAAAAGGCUGCACUCAACACUCAAUUGGCAGAGGACUUAGAAUGGGCCUUGCUUGUUCGCCAACGCCUUGUCUUUCUGGAAGAUGAUAACCACGGUACUACACAGGGCUCCAAAAAGACAAACAAGCAGACAGAUGUCGGGGAACCUCCCCACAGUGGGUUUGGCUACUAUUUACACCCGUUCGGAAUGCUUGCUGACCCGGAGUGCAUCUUUGAUUACUCCAAGUUCACCACAUCGUCCGCUCACGAGCCUAUUUGGUAUCGAUUGGGUUCGGAUGGCAAGGCUGUUCAUUAUCAAAGCCGGCUCCAGAUGAGUACCGAGACCGGUAAUGCCAGCUGGUACUCGGUCAAGGUUACGGAAGGCGAGUUUCAAGAGUAUCUUCGGAAUCACAAGUACCGUCCGGAGGAUAUCACUAAGAAGGGACCCUGCCAUGGCCACCCUGGUUGCUUUUCCAAAGGAAAGUUCAUCUGUUGCAACCAGGGCGCCUUCAGCCGGGGCUGUUCCGAGUCACCACAUCACGUCAACAACCAGACGCCCUGGCAGCUCUGGAAAGACUUUGAAUUGCAUCAAACCCCAAAGCACUGCAAAAACCCUCGCCGAUGCAUUGUCCUCGAUUGCGAGAUGGGUGCAGCCAACACCGGCGAACCUGAGCUCGUCCGUAUCACCGCCAUCGACUUUUUCAGCGGUGAAACAUUACUGGACUCCCUCGUAUUCCCACAGGUCAAGAUGUGGCAUCUAAACAAAAAGUACUCUGGAGUGGACUGGUCAAUGCUCUACAAAGCUCGUGAUGUGGGGCAGGUCAUUAAAGGUCGCGACGCUGCUCGCCGUCAACUAUGGAAAUUUGUCGGCGCGGAAACGAUAGUUAUUGUGCACGGGGGCCAUAAUGAUUUCCUUUCUCUUCGGUGGAUCCACCGCAAGGUCAUUGACACUCUGAAUUGCGAGAGCCGCCUCACAACGCCGGCUAAAUCGCCAAGCUUGCAGAAACUCGCGAAGGCUCACCUGGGCCGCGAGAUUCAGAAAGGUCGGGGUGGUCAUGACAGUCUCGAGGAUGCCCAAGCAACCCGAGACCUGGCAGUUUGGUAUAUGCAGAACCUACCCACCAGUACCAAGGUCCAGGCGGAGAGACAACAGUAG